UCCUCCACGCUUUAUCUACUCGCGGCGUCGCUAAAGCAUAUUAUACGCUGUCCAUUACCAUCGCGGCUCAGUGUGUGGAUUGCAGAACUGCUGAGCUGAGGGAAGAGGAAAGUUGAGGGAAGGGAAGAGAGAGAGAGAGAGAGAGAAAUAAUCUUUUACAUCUGGAAGUCUGGAAGCGCGAGGUGUGUGUGUGUGUGUGUCGCACGGGGUUAUUUGCUGAGAGUUUUUGUGGCUCUGGUCUUCCCCGAGGGUUGUGAUCGCCUGUGUGUCUCUCUCCAGUGUUUCUCUUUGUCUGAGCCCCAGUGUGUGAGAGAGUGAGUGAGUGAGUGUGAGAGAGACAGACAGAGAGAGAGAGAGAGAGACACCAUUGUUCAGCUAUGGGCAGCACGUUCGCUAAGUCCAAGUCGCAAGACGUUACUGUGGGAACUCCCACCAAACCCAAUGGUCAGGAGAACGGCCACGUGAAGACAAAUGGUGAUGUAUCUCCGAGCAAGGCUGACGGAGAGGCUGCCUCGGUGCCGGCCAAUGGGAGCAGUGCCGCGGAGGGGGCGAAGGAAGCGGCUGCGAAUUCGGAAGACACCAUCGAGCCGGCCCCGGCUGCCGACGGGGAGGGAGCCAAGCCCGAGGGCACCAAGGAGAGCCCCAAGAAGAAGAAGAAAAAGACCCUGAAUCUGAAGUACUUUAAUAACCUGAAGGGUCGGCUUUCCUUCAGAAAGAACAAGAAAGAGGCAGCCGAGAAUACUGCCGCCGAAGAGAAGAGCGAAGUCAAGUCGGCUGAAGAGUCUACCGCAGCCAGCAGCGAUGCUAAAGAAGAGAGCGCUGCUGUGGAAGUCAAGGAGGAGAAACAGGCAGAAGCCAGUGCUGCUUCUGAGGGACAAGAAACCAAAGCGAGUAAUGAAGAGACUCCGGCUAAAGAAGAGACAGCCACCCCCGCAGCCAAGGAGGAGCAGACCUCGGGGGAAGAAGCCAAACCAGAGGCGACCGAGGAAGCCACAAAACCAGCAGAAAGCGAGCCUAGCUCAACAUCCGCACCGUCCGAGCAAAAGGAAGAGUAAAGCGACCGACCGGACUGUUUACAAACUUUUCUCUGCCACGUGUUCAUUGUAAGACCGAGACCAAUCGCCCCAUCAACCAGUCAACCCUAACCACGGACCUGCACCGACCCUCCCCCGCCCACCCCACACUUGCUCAAUGCUAUAGACCCACCUACUUCAGCUAACUCAAGCCUUCAAAAUUGUCUCAGUAUUAAGAUCCUCCCCCCUCCCAACCAUCACCAGUUUUGAAUAGUUCUAUUAGUUUUUACUGGGACCUGCUGGUGGGUGCAAUAAAGACCCACUUGUCCAAUUUUGGGAUUGAAACUGAAGCAUUGUGGCAUUGAGAGAGAGAAAUGAGGUGACUGUUUCUAAUCGAUCUGGCAAAGUGCUGAGUUCUUCAACUGUGUACACGUGGCAUUAAGUUCUUUGCAUUUAGUCACUUGAUCCAAGAACUUCUGACAUUUUAACUGGACAUUGGUUUGACUGACACGCUUAAAAGGGAGAGGUGGGGUUGGGAGGGGAUUUUACAUCAGGACCAUUAUUAGCAUCCCUGCUUCGUUUCCCAAUUUGAAACAUCUUGUGCUUUUUAGGAAAAACAGCAGUUUUGAUUGAAGCUUCUAGAUUUAUUUUGUAGUUUUACAGUCUGACUACAACACUAUGAGAUGAAUUUCUGUGUUCCCAUUGAUUUUUUUUAAAAGGGGGAGUGCAAGCAGUUAUGUGAUACUAUUUUUUGCUUUUUUUGUCUUGUAAAUAAAAUUUGGCCAAAUUGAUUUGCAAUUUUUUUAUUGCUAACUUUUAAGGUGGUUAUGACUUUAUUGUAACAUUUAAAAAGGGAAAUAAAUUUCACCUGUGGACUGUU